AUGAGAUCCAACAUAUCCAACACCGUCAAAUCCAAUGGAAUUAAGCCGGACAAAGCUUCCGUCAAGGGCAGAAAACGAUCAAAUUCACAAUCUCAAGUCAUAUCCCUACCCACCAAACCGACAAAGUAUACAACUACUGAACCAACUCCUUUGCCUACUAAGCGGAAUCAAAUUCAAUAUUAUGUUACUCUACUUCCAUUAAAUGAUACAUUUAUCAAGAAACAUUUGCCAGUAGCCAUAUACCCUGAAACAACAAAAUUAGGUCGCCCAACAGGCACAAAACAUAAACCCGAUAUCACAAAUGGAUAUUUUGAUUCUAGAGUGCUUUCGCGAAAUCAUGCUCAAAUAUAUAUUGAUUCGAAAUCAGGCAAGUUGAUGUUGCAAGAUUUAGGUAGUUCAAAUGGUACUUACCUUAAUGACAUCAGAUUAGGUAACGACCCGGUGGAAAUAAAAGUAGGUGAUAUCGUGUGUCUUGGAUUUAACGUACAAGCAGAAAGCACACAUAAACAAAUCAGUUUAAAAAUUGACAAAAUUAAUGUUAUUUCAAGUGGGAGCCUAAGCGAUGAUGGAUUCGAUAGUCUUGUGAAUCAUGGAUUACGAUAUGAUGAAUUAGAUUCAGCAGAUUUCAAACAUUUAUCAUUCAUUGAAGAUAUCUAUCGACAAGUGACUAAAGAGGAACAACCUAAAAAGAAGAAAUCAAGUAAACGGGAUUUAACGUUUGAUUCGGCAUUAUUUGGAGAUAUUAAUGCUAAUAUUGAGGAUAAUUUGCUUGGACUUUAUUCAACUACUAAUUCAGGGAUUUACAAUAAUUCACAAAUCACAAAUACAACAGCAUUGGAAAAUAUCAUCAGUAUAUUGGUGCUUAAUUUAUCCCGAGUCAAACAACAAAAUUCUUCAUUGAAUACCAUCGAAAACUUUUUGAAUAACUAUCAUUCUCGUUUGGAUACAUUGAACCGAAACUUUUUAAAUGAGAAGUUCAAACUGCAUUUGUCAAGAAUAGAAGAUGAUUUAACCAAGGAGAGAACAAAUAAUGAUAUUCUUCGGAAUAAGUUGACUACUGUGGAACGCGAAUCCGGGGAAAAGUUAUCUUCCCUUGCAGAUCAAUUAAAAUCACUUGAACAAGAAAAGCAUAACUUGAAUGAA